GUGGGGACUGAUCGGCCAUAAUUGCCGUGCAUGUUUUUGUGCCCUUUUCUCUCCUGCUGAUGCUUUUUCGCAAAGAUGGCGACUGCCAGUGGCCCGAUAGGCAUUAACAUACAGUUUGGGAAGCAGAGGGCAACCUUGCACGUUGAUAAGAAGACUAAACUAAACGCUAUAAUAGCCAAAGCGCUAAAAGAGCUGAAUGAAGAGCCACAAGGCAGACAUUUCUUGCUGUUACACGAAGGGAAGCCACUUCCUGGAGAUGCUACAGCUGAAGCUGUCUUUAUAUCAAAGUCGGCUACGGUGUUUUUUCUUCAACCAGCAACUGAGCUUCAGAUAAAGACUGCAUCGCAGAUCCAGCUUGAUCUUAAAGGGGCAAACAAUGCUGUAGAAGAUAAUAAGUAUGGUUACUGUAAGAGUUGUGGCUCUACUUGUGAAGUAAAACCAAUUUUUAGAUGUGCCGGGUGUAACCAGGAAACCUUUAUUCUUGAAGGUGACAUUGACUAUUUUGAUGAUGAGAGUGUUUUAAAGGCAGAAGGAACUUGUGCGAAUCCUUCUUGUAAAGGAAAAGGACAUCCUGUUAUAACGUAUGUGUGUAAAGCUUGUCCUGGUGAUAAUCAAGCACCUUUUCUAAGGCAAUUACGAACUAACAUUCAUCAAUUACCCUGCAUGAAAUGUGAGAAAAAAGAUAUGGUUGUAUUCCUGUUCUCGUGCAAUAGCAAGCACACAAUUUGCUUCAACUGCUUCCAUUACUACUGCACCAUCAUGCUGGACAGGAACAAAUUCAAAAAUUUUGGGCAGGCAGGCUUCUCUAUACAUUGCCCAGGAACAGAUGCUGAUUGUCUUGAUACUCCUAUUUCUGAUCCUCAUCAUUUCCGUAUUGUCGAGAAAACUACUGACGGAAAAUCGUUCUACAAUGCAUUUAGUGACUUGGCCUUUGAACAGUGGGCCCCCCCUGGUGACAAUAUUAUUUGCACUAAUAGCAAUUGCAAGUUUGAAGUUGAUGUGUCACGAGGGACGGACACAGAAGUAACCCAACCAGCCUCUGCAUCUACUCCUGCUCCUGUUGUUACUGGAAGUGCUUGGAUGCUCUUUAAAAAGUUGUUUCAAGGGCCUCCUCCUCCUCCCCCUCCUCCUCAGAUGAGGAAGAAAGUCUCGUGCUUUAAAUGUCAACAAGCUUACUGUUGUGUUUGUAAGAAGAAUUGGCAUGAAGGCAAUUGUGUGAUAGUAGAUGAAAAGGAAAUCAAAGAAUUCACUAUUGAUCCAAAGUGUGCUGCUGCAUCAAAAUGGCCGCAAUAAAAAGCUCCUCUCUCUCUCUCUCAUCUUUUGAAGCAUUCCUUAUCGUGUGUUCAACGUCUGCUAAAAUUUGAUUGUUUUUUUUUAAUGUAAAAUUGUGUGAAACAAACAAUAAUGAUAACAAUAGCAACAAUUAUUAAUAGUUAUUAGUGUUUAUAAGAAAUUUUGUGUGUGAUAUAGUUA